UUGCAGCAGUAACGAGAAACGCUCUGCCAGCACUCUAGUUUGUGAUUUGCUCUAGCUGUCCACCGUCGCACUCGCCAGAUAAAGCGGCAGCGGGUUCCCUCACGAUAUCCGAGGCUUUCCGCCGUCUGAGCGCUCCAUGCGGCCCUUGUCCGAAAAGAUACGUAGCCUGCAUUCGCCGGGCCGUCGCCUCCCCCGUCCAGUGACCCAGUGAUCGCAUGCAGCGUGCCGCGCCUCUCGUACGCCCGUUCCCUUCCGCCGACGUGCUUUCCCGCGAGCCGAAGGUAUCGGCGCGGCGCAGGUCGCUUCCUUGAACUAGAGUGAAAUAGGUGGGAGCGCGGUAAGGGCCGUGGUAGUGAGCGGCUGAUUGAGCGGGAUUGACUGUCUCGCCGCGGUGGCGGGAGCGAGAGCGGCCUUUGUGUCGCCAUGGCGCGUGAAGGCGAUCGGUGCGCUGACGCCGGUGCCGAGGCGAUGGGCAGCCAGGGGCGAGAGGCAGGCCGCGGGGAGAAGAGGGAGGAGAUGACGAGCGACGGAUCUGCGGCGCGGAAGGACGGGCAUGGGCGUAGUCCACCGCGCGGCGACGAGGGGGAGCGAGCGAGCGCAGGGCGCGAGGAGGCGGAGAUGAUGGGGGUGGAGAGAGAGGGCGGCGGGACGGCCGACGAGGGCGGGGCCGAUGGGAAGGGCGAGAAGAGCGGAUGGGACUCGGAGCGUCGUCGGAGCGGAGUUCAAAAGCUCGGGAUGGAAGGGGGGGCGAGGGCGGUGGGAGGGAAGAGAAAGCUCGACGCGGAGGAGCUCGGCGCCGUGCAGACGAAUAAAAGGGCCGCUCGCGCAAGGGCGGGUGAUAGUGACGCGAGCGCGGGGGAUGCGGUCAACAUUCCGGCACGCGCGGCUCAUGGCGUGGGGUAUCCGCCAGGGUGCAGCGCGGAGGCCGAACACGGGCCAGCGGCAGUGCAGGGCGCGCAGCAGGCGCAGAAGCAAGUGUCUGACCCAUUGCUGAAGCAAAGGGAUGCUUCGAAGCAAGAUGAUGCGAUGAGCAAGGAUAAUGAGACGCAGCAAGGAGAGGAGGUAGAGCGAGGAGAGGAGGUGGAGCGAGGAGAGGAGGUGGAGCAAGGAGAGGAAUUGAAGCGAGGAGAGGAGGUGGAGCAAGGAGAGGAGGUGAAGCGAGGAGAGGAGGUGGAGAGAGGAGAGGAGGUGAAGCGAGGAGAGGAGGUGAAGCGAGGAGAGGAGGUGAAGCGAGGAGAGGAGGUGAAGCGAGGAGAGGAGGUGGAGCGAGGAGAGGAGUUGAAGCGAGGAGAGGAGGUGAAGCGAGGAGAGGAGUUGAAGCGAGGAGAGGAGGUGGAGCGAGGAGAGGAGGGGGAGCGAGGAGAGGAGGUGGAGCGAGGAGAGGAGGUGAAGCGAGGAGAGGAGUUGAAGCGAGGAGAGGAGGUGAAGCGAGGAGAGGAGUUGAAGCGAGGAGAGGAGUUGAAGCGAGGAGAGGAGUUGAAGCGAGGAGAGGAGGUGAAGCGAGGAGAGGAGGUGGAGCGAGGAGAGGAGGUGGAGCGAGGAGAGGAGGUGAAGCGAGGAGAGGAGGUGAAGCGAGGAGAGGAGGUGAAGCGAGGAGAGGAGGUGAAGCGAGGAGAGGAGUUGAAGCGAGGAGAGGAGGUGAAGCGAGGAGAGGAAGUGGAGCGAGGAGAGGAGUUGAAGCGAGGAGAGGAGGUGAAGCGAGGAGAGGAGUUGAAGCGAGGAGAGGAGGUGGAGCGAGGAGAGGAGGGGGAGCGAGGAGAGGAGGUGAAGCGAGGAGAGGAGGUGAAGCGAGGAGAGGAGGUGAAGCGAGGAGAGGCGGUGGAGCGAGGAGAGGAGGUGAAGCGAGGAGAGGAGGUGAAGCGAGGAGAGGAGUUGAAGCGAGGAGAGGAGUUGAAGCGAGGAGAGGAGGUGAAGCGAGGAGAGGAGGUGGAGCGAGGAGAGGAGGUGAAGCGAGGAGAGGAGGUGGAGCGAGGAGAGGAGGUGAAGCGAGGAGAGGAGUUGAAGCGAGGAGAGGAGGUGAAGCGAGGAGAGGAGGUGAAGCGAGGAGAGGAGGUGAAGCGAGGAGAGGAGGUGGAGCGAGGAGAGGAGGUGAAGCGAGGAGAGGAGUUGAAGCGAGGAGAGGAGUUGAAACGAGGAGAGGAGUUGAAGCGAGGAGAGGAGGUGGAGCGAGGAGAGGAGGUGGAGCGAGGAGAGGAGGUGAAGCGAGGAGAGGAGGUGAAGCGAGGAGAGGAGGUGAAGCGAGGAGAGGAGUUGAAGCGAGGAGAGGAGUUGAAGCGAGGAGAGGAGUUGAAGCGAGGAGAGGAGGUGAAGCGAGGAGAGGAGGUGGAGCGAGGAGAGGAGGUGGAGCGAGGAGAGGAGGUGAAGCGAGGAGAGGAGGUGAAGCGAGGAGAGGAGGUGAAGCGAGGAGAGGAGGUGAAGCGAGGAGAGGAGUUGAAGCGAGGAGAGGAGGUGAAGCGAGGAGAGGAGGUGAAGCGAGGAGAGGAGGUGGAGCGAGGAGAGGAGGUGAAGCGAGGAGAGGAGGUGAAGCGAGGAGAGGAGGUGAAGCGAGGAGAGGAGUUGAAGCGAGGAGAGGAGUUGAAGCGAGGAGAGGAGUUGAAGCGAGGAGAGGAGGUGAAGCGAGGAGAGGAGGUGGAGCGAGGAGAGGAGGUGGAGCGAGGAGAGGAGGUGAAGCGAGGAGAGGAGGUGAAGCGAGGAGAGGAGGUGAAGCGAGGAGAGGAGUUGAAGCGAGGAGAGGAGGUGAAGCGAGGAGAGGAGGUGAAGCGAGGAGAGGAGGUGAAGCGAGGAGAGGAGGUGAAGCGAGGAGAGGAGGUGAAGCGAGGAGAGGAGGUGAAGCGAGGAGAGGAGGUGAAGCGAGGAGAGGAGGUGGAGCAAGGCGUCAUGCGGAGCAGGGGACAUGAGACAGAAAGCAAAGGUGGUGCCUACCAGGCAACUGCUGGCUCGAGCCUGGGAGAAGAACGGGAGGCAGUGGCACGUCAAGAGGAGCAACGGCCUGUGACACGGACAGGGAUAGGAAGCGAAUCAGCGGUCGCCGCAUGCGCUCAGGGUGCAGCACAGUCUGCAGCGGGCAGUGCUGCUGCCACCACACCCUCAGUGCCUCUCACGCCAUCGCCCUCUCGCUGUCUUGCUGUGGUCCAUGUUGGCGUAGGGGCGGCAGCAGGAGGCACGAACGAUGGAGCGAGCAGCGAUUUGGGGCAGAGGGUGGGAGGGGUGCAGGAGCAGCGAGAGGUGGGGAAGCCCGAGCAGGUUGAGCAGCAGGCAGAGCACCCGGCGCAUGGCACGCACCCAUUGACGCUGCCAGCUGCCCAUGCUGUUGCUUCAGGUGGUAACUCAGGAUCCGGUGCUCUGCUGGAGUGCAGCGGCAGCAUGUCCCCGGAGCAUCCCAACUCCAUGGAUGCUGCACCCACCUCCCACCCUCCCCCGCCUUCCCCUGCACCCGUUGCACCUGACACCCGGACUCAGCUCUCAGGCUCUGGUGAUGUGGUCCUCGCAAGAACCAGAGAGAGGGCAGGAGGUGGAGCAUGCGGUGCGAGUGAUGGGAAGCUGUUUCGCGGCGUGCGGCAGAGGCAUGAGAGCCGGUGGGUGGCGGAGAUCCGAUACCCCAAGAAGCGCUCGCGCGUGUGGCUGGGCACGUUCAGCACCCCCGAGGAGGCGGCACGGGCGUACGACCGCGCCGCCAUCAAGCUGCGCGGGCCCAAGGCGCGCACCAACUUCCCGCACCCCGCUCUGGCGGAGUGGCAGCCCCUGGCCGGCUAUGCUGGCGUGGACCGCGCCAUAGGGGCGGCUGGGGGCGUGCUGAGCGAUGGCAGCGAGGGGGCAGGCAGUGCUGGCAGAGGGACACAUGGUGAGAGGCCAGGCGCGGCUGCCAGCACUGAUGGCAAGGGUGCAGGCGCUGGAGAGGAGAGGAGUAGGCGGGUGGCGGCAGCACAGAGCCCCUUGCAGCGCGGUCAACAUGUGGGUGCUGCUGCAGCAGGCGGUUGCAGUGUGAGGCCUGGGGGCGAGAGAGCAGACACGUGGCAUGGUACAGGCCAGGGCUGGGGAGGAGGUGGUGAGGCGUUGAACGGAGGCAUGGGGAUGCAGGUGGCGAGGCCGGCACAGCUGUGGCAGGAGGCAGCCACUGUGCUGACACCACCGUCUGCCAUGCCUGCUGCUGCUGCUGUGGGUGCAGGUGGGCCAGGGCUGGGGCUGCACCAGAGCAGUGGCCCCACGGGCAGUGCAGCGGGCACAGGGGCGGGCGACAUGCAGAGGUUGCUGCUGGGGCUCAUAGCCGCCAAUGCACACGUUGCUGCUGCAGGCACAACGCCAGGAGUAGGGGCGGGAAGUGAGAGAAGCAUGGCAGAUGGAGGAUUAGGGGAAGAAGGUGCAGCAGCAGCAGCAGCGGCGGCGGCGGUGACGGUGGCAGCAGCAGCAGGGAGUCGCGUGGGGAUUGCUGAUAAGCUGUUGCUGCUGGCAGUGCAGCAGCAGGCGGAGGCGCAGCAUCAGAUGCAGUUGCGGCAGGCGGAGGCGGUGAGGCAGGCGCUGCUGGCAGUGGCCCCCGAGCACAGGCAGCAGCUGCUGCUGGCCCUGGGACAGGGGGGCGUGCUGCCCUUGGCGGCAUUGCUGCAGGCAACAACAGGGCAGGCGCAGGCGCAGGCGCAGGCACAGGCGCAAACACAGGUGCAAGGGCAGGGUCCGUGGAACGCUCCGGACGCGUUGGCUGAGGGGCUUCUGGGAGCUUUGCUUGGGAAAUUGGGGGGGGGGGACGACAAGUACAGCGUGGGCAGUGUGGUGCAGGGACUGCUGGCGGGGAUACGCGGGACUGAUGCCUCGAGUGUGAUACAGCUGCUGCUGCAGCUGCAUCAGCAGCAUCAGCAGCAGCAGGCAAGGCAGCAGCAGUCGCAGCUGUCGUUGCUGAUGGGGAAUGCAGGGCGGGCAGUGCAUGGGGUGGGGGGGAGCUUCCUUGGCCCGUCAGGUGCUGAAAGUGCCGGUGCUGCUGCGCCUGCCAGCACUGCUGCUGUGAUCAACUCACUUGCUGUGCUACUGGGUGCGGGGCAGGGUGGCAGCAGCAGCGCGCCUGCAAGCCAUGCGAGCCUUGAGUGGGCGCAGGCGGUGCAGCAGCUGGGCUCUGCGCACGUGCCUGCCACACCACCCUCCGCAUCCUCUGCGGCUGCCACAGGCACUGCAGUAGUGGGGCCAGGGCAGGCCAGGGAGGCAGGGACGGGCACGACAGUGUCUCAGCACUCAUUCGUUCCAGCGCAGUGGGAGACAGGCACACGGCAGGGGGCAGGUCAACCUGCCCUGCCCUCCUCACAGCAGCAGCAGCAGCAGCAGCAGCCGCAGCAGCAGCAGCAGCAGCAGCAGCCGCAGCAGCUGGCAGUGCAGCAGUGGGUGCAAGGGCAGCAGCAGGCACAGCAGUGGGCGCAUAUGGAACAGCCUCAGGCACAGGCACAGCAGCAGCUGCUGUCACUGCUGCAGCAGCACUCAGGUGCGAGUGGAGGGCUCGCACAGUGGUUGCUGCAGGCCUCAGGGCAGGGAAAUGCAGAGCUGGCUCUGCAGUCGCUGCAGCAGCAACUGGGUCGGUAUAAUGGGUGAGCAGCGAGGCGAGCCGGGGGCAACUGGCCUCAAGAGUUCAGGGGCGGACUGGGAAACACAUUCUUUCGUCAGCCCACAAAUGCAGAAGCACUCGCAUCACAUCAGAUGGUUCAGGUGAAGCCGCUUCACUGGCUGUGUUGUGGAGUAUAGAACAUGAUUGACCUGAUUUUGUCUCGAUUCGGCCAAACUGUGGCUUCAAUCCUGUGGCCAUGAUGCUCUUAGCUUGCGCUCUUUUCUAGUGCCCAGCCAUGUCACUUGAUUGUUCGGAAGGAAA